CCCGGAAGCGCGUUCCUCCCUCCACGUCGCUGGCACAAGGUCGUUAUCGCGAGAGUUCCUGGGCCGGAGCCCAGAUCGCGCGAGACUGCGCAAGAAGCGGGAGCGUGUGGCGCGCGCGGCGGCCGCGACGGACGCAAGAUGGCGACGGCGACCAUAGCUCUCCAGGUCAAUGGCCAGCAAGGAGGGGGGUCCGAGCCGGCGGCGGCGGCAGUGGUGGCAGCGGGAGACAAAUGGAAACCUCCACAGGGCACAGAUUCCAUCAAGAUGGAGAAUGGACAGAGCACAGCCGCCAAGCUGGGGCUGCCUCCCCUGACGCCUGAGCAGCAGGAGGCCCUCCAGAAGGCCAAGAAGUAUGCCAUGGAGCAGAGCAUCAAGAGCGUGCUGGUGAAGCAGACCAUCGCACACCAGCAGCAGCAGCUCACCAACCUGCAGAUGGCAGCAGUGACAAUGGGCUUUGGAGAUCCUCUCUCACCUUUGCAAUCGAUGGCAGCUCAGCGGCAGCGGGCACUGGCCAUCAUGUGCCGGGUCUACGUGGGCUCCAUUUACUAUGAGCUAGGGGAGGACACCAUUCGCCAGGCGUUUGCCCCUUUUGGCCCCAUCAAAAGCAUUGACAUGUCCUGGGACUCUGUCACCAUGAAGCACAAGGGCUUUGCCUUUGUGGAGUAUGAGGUCCCAGAAGCUGCGCAGCUGGCCCUAGAGCAGAUGAACUCAGUGAUGCUGGGAGGCAGGAACAUCAAGGUGGGCAGGCCCAGCAACAUAGGGCAGGCCCAGCCCAUCAUUGACCAGCUGGCUGAGGAAGCACGGGCCUUCAAUCGUAUCUAUGUGGCCUCUGUGCAUCAAGACCUCUCGGAUGAUGACAUCAAGAGUGUGUUUGAGGCCUUUGGCAAGAUCAAGUCUUGCACACUAGCUCGGGACCCCACAACUGGCAAGCACAAAGGCUAUGGCUUCAUUGAGUACGAGAAAGCCCAGUCGUCCCAGGAUGCCGUGUCCUCCAUGAACCUCUUUGAUCUGGGUGGCCAGUACUUGAGGGUGGGCAAGGCCGUCACUCCCCCCAUGCCCCUGCUAACACCUGCCACCCCAGGAGGCCUUCCGCCUGCUGCUGCUGUGGCCGCAGCUGCAGCCACAGCCAAGAUCACAGCUCAGGAAGCAGUGGCUGGAGCAGCGGUGUUGGGUACCUUAGCAACACCUGGACUGGUGUCCCCAGCACUGACCCUGGCCCAGCCCUUGGGGGCUCUGCCCCAGGCUGUCAUGGCCGCCCAGGCUCCUGGAGUCAUCACAGGUGUGACCCCGGCCCGUCCUCCCAUUCCCGUCACCAUCCCCUCUGUGGGGGUGGUGAACCCCAUCCUGGCUAGUCCUCCAACACUUGGUCUCUUGGAGCCCAAGAAGGAGAAGGAAGAGGAGGAACUGUUUCCAGAGUCUGAACGGCCAGAGAUGCUAAGUGAGCAGGAGCACAUGAGCAUCUCUGGCAGCAGUGCCCGCCACAUGGUCAUGCAGAAGCUGCUGCGCAAACAGGAGUCCACAGUGAUGGUUCUCCGCAACAUGGUAGAUCCCAAGGACAUCGAUGAUGACCUGGAGGGAGAGGUGACAGAGGAGUGUGGCAAGUUUGGUGCUGUGAACCGCGUCAUCAUCUACCAAGAGAAGCAGGGCGAGGAGGAGGAUGCAGAAAUAAUUGUAAAGAUUUUUGUGGAGUUUUCCAUGGCCUCAGAGACUCACAAGGCCAUCCAGGCCCUCAAUGGGCGCUGGUUCGCUGGCCGCAAGGUGGUGGCUGAAGUAUACGACCAGGAGCGUUUUGAUAACAGUGACCUGUCUGCGUGACCUUGGGCCAGUUCCCUGGACUUGCACUUGCUCCUUGUUUCUUCUGGGUUUUAUAGUGAUAACAGUGGUGUCCCUGGACCAGCCACUCUGCUCUGCCAAGUCCGACCUGUAGUGUGCAUAAAAGUGCAGAUGCUGCUGGC